GCUGGGGACAGUCGGGCGGGUGAGACGCUGCGGGACGAGUUGGGUCGGGUGAGGAGCGGGGCGAUCUGGAGCGGAGCGCAGCUCGUACAGCCCCGCACGGCGGGAGCCACCGCUCACAGCCCGCACCUGCUGUUCCCUAUGCGCGGAGCCCGGCGAAACGCCACGACAUCGGAACGCUGAGAGCAGCCCCCGCAGCCUGCCCGGGGAUCCGGCUGGGGGGACAUGGGGGUGGAGGGCACCGAGCUGCCCGGCGGCAACGUCAGUGCCAACCAGAGCGCAGCAGACCCCACGGUGUCGCGGGACGUGUGGGUGGUGGGCAUGGGGAUCCUCAUGUCGCUCAUCGUGCUGGUCAUCGUCUUCGGCAACGUGCUGGUGAUCACCGCCAUCGCCCGCUUCCAGCGCCUGCAGACGGUCACCAACUACUUCAUCACCUCGCUGGCGUGUGCAGACCUGGUGAUGGGACUGGGUGUGGUGCCCUUCGGUGCCUGCCACAUCAUCAUGGAGAUGUGGAAGUUUGGGAACUUUUGGUGUGAGUUCUGGACCUCUCUGGAUGUGCUUUGUGUCACCGCCAGCAUCGAGACCCUGUGUGUCAUCGCUGUGGAUCGAUACUUUGCCAUCACCUCCCCAUUCAAGUACCAGAGCCUGCUGACCAAGAGCAAGGCACGUGUGGUCAUCCUGAUGGUGUGGGCCAUCUCGGCCCUCACCUCCUUCCUGCCCAUCCAGAUGCACUGGUACCGGGCAGACCGUGAUGAGGCCAUCCUCUGCUAUGAGAAGGACACGUGCUGUGACUUCUUCACCAACCAAGCCUAUGCCAUUGCCUCCUCCAUCAUCUCUUUCUACCUACCGCUUGUGGUCAUGGUAUUUGUGUACGCCAGGGUCUUCCAGGUGGCCAAGAAGCAACUGCAGAAGAUAGACCGGAGUGAGGGCAGGUUUCACAUCCAGAACAAGGAACAGGACCAGAACGGGAAAACCGGGCACCGCCGUUCCUCCAAGUUCUUCCUGAAGGAGCACAAAGCUUUGAAGACCUUGGGCAUCAUCAUGGGCACCUUCACGCUGUGCUGGCUGCCCUUCUUCAUCGUCAACAUCGUGCACGUCAUCCAGGACGACAUCAUCCCCAAGUACGUGUACAUUCUCUUGAACUGGCUGGGCUAUGUCAACUCUGCCUUCAAUCCCCUGAUCUACUGCCGGAGCCCAGACUUCAGGUACGCCUUCCAGGAGCUCCUGUGCCUCCGCAGGUCUGCUCUGAAGAUGUACGCUAAUGGCUACUCAAACAGCAACGGCAGGAGUGACUACAACGAGGAGGAGAACGGCUACCCCCUGGCACCAGAGAAAGCCUGCGAGCUGCUCUGCGAAGAGGGCUCCUUCCCUCACCCUGAGGACUUUUUGCACUGCAAAGAGAUCCCUGGGUGCCCAGGAAUGGUGGAGAGCUGAAGGCCGACCUCUCUUCCUCACCACUCUGAGCUCACGAGGGCUCUGAAGAGAUGGAGUGGGAGCUCAGCCAUGCUUCUCUGAGCCCAGGGUUGCUUGGGAAGUGAUUGCUUUGGCAAAUGUCUUCAUCUCAGCCCAUAGCCCAUCGUGCAUCACCUGAAGGAGAAGCUGGUGAAGCAUUCAGAGGACCAGGAAAGGCUCUGCCAGCACUUCAAGCACUGGAGAGCACAGAUGGGGGAUCGGCACUGAGAGGCACUCAGGAGUCACUGCAAAGGAAACCAGCUCUGGGGAGAUGCUAAAAGAGCCCCGUGAGCUGAAAGAGGUGAAUGGACAAAUGACCACAAAAGUACUGUGGGGUUUUCCUGGCACAGCAUCCUUGGCAAGAGCUUCCAGAAGCACAGCAGGACCACAUGGCUGCAUGCAGUGACCGGACCAGAAGAGCCCCAGCAAGGUCCUGUCUCAUGCUGCCUGAGGCUGCAGGUGGAACAGGAACCUGACCAAGGCAGGGAAGAGGAGCACGAGAGGUUCCUUUGGUUUAUACUGUGCUCAUUUCUGCUUCUGGUAUCUGCUCUGUCUACCUCUUUUUCUCUUUAGCCCUACACGUACUGGAUAUGGGACAGCCCCACACAACAAGAAGGAGGUUUGCACAGGGAAAACCCUGCUCAGUGCAGAGUGCUGCUGUCAGAUGGGGCUGACACUGCGCAGUGCAAACAUAACCUGGCCUUCAUUCACUUGUUAUCCCAACAGAUCUGGAACUGCAAAGCCUGGACUUCGGACUGGAGAAAGGCUUGAGCCUGGCAAUCCUACUUGCAAGCAGUCACAUGCUAACAUGACCAGCCACUUUUGGGAGCCAAGUUUUAACACCCGAGAGCCAUAAUCAUGCAGAGCAUCUGGCUCUGUGCUGUAGCUGUUGAAAUGAGUGUGCUGCACAUUUAGCUCCUGUUUGUGGAAUUUUAAGAACUCGCUCAGCAGAGAAAGGAACAGAGACACAGGGAGCAGCAGAGGCUCAGGCAGGAAACUGCAAGAAAAAAUGGUUCAAAACCAUAGGGAAACUUGCAACUUCAUCACAGAUGGCAACCCAGACACAGACUGGUGUGACCAGCUGGUAGGCUGCAGCUUUCUGGUCACUCAGCACCUCUCACAGGCCCAGGCACAACAUGCCAACACUGACCCAAGGCAAGAGCCCCAUCCCUGAGCUGCUGUGCCAGGCUUCCACCUGCAGAGCCCUUCCCCUUCCAAAGCUCUAUUUAUUUAUUUAUUGAUGCCCUUGCGAUGAUGCAGUUUCUCCAUAUGCUCCAUGCUGGUGCAGCAGCUGUGUUCCUGAGUGUGGGGCUCUGCCCUGCUGCUCCUACUGCUCCUGGCCCUGCAUCCUGCUCCAUGCCCUCCCUUCCCUGCCCCAUCCCCACUGAGGCUUUGUUCCAACCUGUGUGGCUGCUUCAUGGAAACAUCUCCCAACCCAAACCUAUUUCCUCAGAAGAUUCCUGGAUGUCUCCAGCCACGUAUUAUGUACUGGAAGCACUGCCCUUGGGAUUAGCUUUCAGGUUAGGGACAAGCGUGGGAUCUCAGUAGGUCUUUUUCUCACAAAGCCUCUUGUGUGCAGUUUGCAAUAAGAGAAAUGGAUACGUUUGCUCUGAUAAUUCUCCAGCGUGGCCCAAAGCAGUGACCUGCUGAUUGCUGAGUGCUUCCUUGAAGAGUUGUUGGAGAUGGAAGAGACAAAUUACAAAUCCAUCUGCCUAUGGACCUUCAGGCUCGUUCCAUGUAUUACAUUAACUGGUGGUGUGCUCAGCCUAUUUUUAAAUGCCUUAACACCAGGGUUAUUGUGCUUUUCCUUUGGGAGAUUGCUCUGUUGUCCAAGUCAAGAGCUGCUAUUAGCAUUGCACCUGCACUUCCUCCUGAAAUCUUCAUUCCAUUAUUCCCAGUGAUGUUAUGCAAACACCCACUGCUCACUGGGCAAGCUCUGCCCCCUCCUCCUGCCUCCUCCAAGGAACUCCCAGGCUGCUGAUGCUCCAACCCUCCUGCAGCUCAACAUGGUAUGAGCCCACUUGUCAUUAACUGGUAGAGAGGGAGUUGUCAGAGAUCUGAACCCAUAAGCAGAACAGCCAGGACCUGUAGCAGUGUGGAGCUGUUCUGCACCUCCUUGUGCAGCACGUGUGGUACAGGAGAGGGACAAAGGCUGCUAUGUGUCCGUACAGUGUCAGCAAUGAGCAGCUCCCAUCCCACAGCGAGCAAAUGCUGGGGAAAGCACACGGCAGCCCCUCCAUCUCUGCAGAACCUUCAGUGCUGGGGGAGUGCGUGUGCCAAACUCAGCUGGAGCACCAUUGUGAUUGUGAGAGCUCUGUUCUCACUGAACAAAUUGUUCCUACCAAUAAAGAAUGAAAAGCUCUCCUCUUCCCACUCUCCUUUAUUGCGCUAUUCAUUGAGCUGUGCUGGACAAAGGGACCGUGCUGGGCUGAGGGGGCUGAAGUUUGCCAUGCAAUGGACAGGUCAAGGGGAGGAAAAUCACAGCAUGAAGUGCACUGAAGCUGGGGCUCUUGGGGGGAGUUUGCCGAUGUGAGGCAGGUUGCAAUACCUCCUGGGGAUGGAUGGGACUGUGGCACAUGGAUAGAGGGGAACAGAACAACCAUUGGUACCAGUCCUGCAGCUGCUAUGGCACAGAGCAGAACAGGUCAAGGAAACCUAGGAGGAGAGAACAAGGCAGAUGAAAUGGGAUGCUGUGAUUCCCAGGGGAUUCACAGGAUGAUAAUAAGGGAAUUUGGAGACUCCCAUCCACUUGGCAGUGUGUGAUCCCAACGGCUCAUGCUGCGCCCAGCCACCAGAUCAGUGAUACAGCAGCAUGCUCCUUAAUUCCACCUCUCCAUUGCCGGCUGUUCUCUCCUGCUGCUGUGGAGCAGGGUGGCAGUGACAACAUCGCAGCUUUUAGGAAGCAAUUGCCAGGAGAGGCUUUUGGUCCCUGCGCGCUGAAAGAAUCAAAAUAACACAUUUCCAACAGAAUUCAUGAUGAGACAAUUAAUCAUCCCAAUUUAAAACAUUGGAGGGCCUGAAUGAACAAAGAUGUUGGAGGCUGUGGCUGUGCUCUGUCUGGCAGCAGUAGGGCUUUAGGCAGUACCUGUACUGCAGGUCCACAUGGAUCCAGCAAGCAGACAGGAUGUGUUCUCCCCAUUUUCCAGGCUUUGCGUCUUGAUUUACUGAGCUCUGAGGUCACACUAGGGGGGGGGAUUGGGACUGAAUAAAUUGUGAGCCUUCUUUUCCAUGAGCACAACUCCAGUGCCUCCAGACAUCUCAUGAUGUGUCCAAAUAACUCCCCGAAGUUCCUGAAGCUUUAAAGCAAAUCCCGAGAAAAGAGCCGCAAUGAGAUUAUUGUGGCACAUCGCUGCAAUAAACCUUCUCUUCAUCCUUUCAUGGUUAGAGGUAUGAACAUGAAUUAUGGCAGCUUAAACCUCUCAAGAGCAGCAUGUACAAUUGUUUUCUCAAACUGCUGGUAAAGAGCCCUGUUGAGCUGCGAUGUCAUUGCCUGCAGAUGCUGCAGACUGAAUGGGGCUGCUUUACGAGCUGUUUUAAUCCUUCCAGGAAUCAAAUGAUCCCUUUCUGCCCAUUCCAGGCUGUGGACUGCUCCUUGCUCCGUUCCAGUUUGCUCCUUCAAGGCUUUGGCACCAUCACUUCUUGCAGCAGAUGAGAGCCUUGAAGCUUGUAAAUGUAAACCUGUGAAUAAAAGCUUUGGAUUCAGUAA